GGUUGAUGCCAUUGUUGGUUGUUCCUCGUCUGCAUUGUUACUUCGGUAUAUCAUUAAAGUCGCUGGUGACACUGUCAACCAAGCAUAUACACAAGAAAUUAAAAAUUAUCCCAAUUCUAUUUUGAUAUCAACACCCGCCGGUCACUUACCAUGUAAACGUGUAUUUUUCCUAAAAUGGUCUCCAGAUAAAGAUGACAACAUCUUACGUCAAUCUGUUAUUGAUUUUGUCUCCAAUUCCGUACAAAAUGCAUUGGCACAUAAUUUUACAAGUAUAGCAUUUCCAGCUAUCGGAUGUGGUCAGCAUGGAUGCUCAAUCGGUAUUGUUGUUAAGACUCUGGUUCGAGAAGCAAAAAAUCAAUUGACAAUACGAAAUAUUCCACUCAAAAUCCUGUUUAUAAUUGAAGAAGACAAACAAAAUAUUUAUGACGAAUUUUGUAAACAAGUAGUCGCACUACAAGCACUACCUGUGUCAACAACCACUCAUCAACUACCAGAAACAUGGGAACAUUCGCCAACAGCAAACAAUACCAUUCGUUUUAAACUCAAUAUAAACACUAAAGAAUAUCAAUCUGUAUUCAAUGAGUUUGAUAAAACUAUGAAAGGCAAAUAUACAGAAAUAAUUCAGAUGGAACGUAUUCAAAAUGAACGACAAUAUCUACAAUAUCUUGUACAUCGUUCAGAAUUUAAAAAACGUUUGAAUAUAGAAACGGAAAAACUGUUAUAUCACGGGUGUCCAGACACAGCUGCCAUAGCAAUCAGCGAAGAUUGUUUUAAUCGCAGUUUUGCUGGUGUCAAUGGAACAUCAUACGGGUUCGGUGUCUAUUUUUCUUCACAACCAACAUACAGUCAUACGUAUGCAAAACCAAACUCAAAGGGUGAACGUUUUAUGUUUGUAUCUCGUGUUCUCAUUGGUAAAACCAUACUUGGUAAUGGUA